AUGCUCCGCUCUCCCCUCAAUGGUCGCAGCAGCGCAGCGGUGCAGCGGCGAAACGCCUGCGCUGCUGCCGGCUGCUCCCACCCGGUCAUAGCGCCGCGCACAGCCGCGAGCAGCAGCCGAAAUGGAUGCGCGGCGCGCGCCAGCAGCGACGAGCCCAGCACAAGCAGCAGCGGGUCCAUGCCCGCCGCGGCGGCAGCGGCCCUGGCGGCGCUGCUGCUGGGGUCGGCCGCGCCGGCGUGGGCGGCGCUGCAGCCGCAGGUGGACGUGGCUGAGCUGGCGGCGGUUGCCGUGGAGGACGAUGACUUUAUGGACCAGUACGACCGCGACAUGGAGCAGCUGGCAGAGUCUGUCGACCCCGAGGUCGCGAUGCCGCCGGAGCUGCAGGAGUUCCUGAGGCUGUUUGAGAGGGGCACGCCCCGCGACCUGAGGAAGCUGGAGGCGGCGCGCGAGAAGGUGGGCUUCCGCCGCGGCGCCGACGGCCGCGUGUCCCUCAUCAGCGACGGCGGCGAGGAGUUCGCGAUCGACCUGAGCGACGACGUGCUGGUGGCGCAGCUGUUUGCCAACGGGCUGUGGGAGGAGGUGCUGGAGCCACUGGAGGUGGUGCGGGCGCCAGAGGACGGCACUGCCAACGCGAGCGCCUCCGCCGCGAGCCAGCUGCGGCUCAGUGAGGAGGAGUUCCGCGGCGUGGUGUCGCUGCUGCAGGGGGCGCAGGAGAUGGCGGAGGAGCCGCUGGAGGACCUGCCACAGGAGGACGACGGCCAGCAGCAGCAGUGA